AUGUCAAGUCAUGAACAUAUAGUAUCAAUUGUAAUUCUUGAUAUUCAUUCAAGAUAUAUAAAAGCUGGUAUUGUUGGAAAGACAUUACCUGAAAUUGAAUUACCAAUAAAUUAUGACAUUCUGGAUGAACAAUCAACAAAUGAAUUUCCACCACAAUUUGAAGUUGAUGAUUCAUCAUUAACUAUUAAACAAAGACAAGACUUAGUUAAUAAUCUUAUUACAAAUAUAUCAGGAUAUAAAGAAUUAACAAAUGUUUAUCGAAAGUGUCGUGGUAAUUGGUUUGAUUUUUCUUCCCAAGAAGAACAACCAACAUUGAUUCCAUUGCUACAUCAAACGCUAUACCUGAUUUGGAACGAUCACCUUCAAUUGACUCCCAGAACAUGUAAAGUGUUUCUAAUUGACAAUGAAUAUUCAAUUAAAACCAAACAUCAAAUUUCGAAAUUAUUGUUAGAGAAACUUAAAGUUAAAAGUGUAUCAUUUAUACCAGGAUCAGUUUUAUCAAUACUUGGAAGCAAUAGACGAGAUGGGCUAUUGUUAAAUUUUGAUUGGGAUGGACUUUGGAUUCACAAAAUUAUAGAUCUACGUGAUAUUGGAAGUGUUUGUAUGAAGAAUCUAAGUGGUAAGACAGUACAUUUUGAAAUUGUCAUGAAAUUAAUUGAAUCAGAUUCAGAUUUGAAUAUGGAGUUUGAUUCAAUAGAAAGAUAUAUUUUCCAAUCAAAUGAAACCGGUCUCAGAGAUGAUGUUUUGAAACGGCUAUUUUAUUGCAAUGAAUCCCUUUUAGGGUCAAUUGAAUCGAUUGUGAAGAACUCACCCAUUGACAUACGAUCUAGCCUUAUAAACAAUAUAGUGAUAACAGGAAAGCUAUCGUCUAUUCCUAGUUUCAAAAGAGAGAUUAUCAACAGUCUCAGAAAGUUAUUUCCAACAUUACAUAGUUUUCCAACGGUUGGCAAUUGGCCAGCAUGUUCAUUAUAUUUAUCCCAAGUUUAUCAAAAAGAAGAACAAGAUUGGAAGGAGAUAACUAAGGAUAGAUUAAGCGAUUUAUACAAGUAA